AUGCAAUGCUUUUCCUCAAAAGUUAACAUAGAUAAAUCUACUUCAAUCAUUAUAGGAGACUGUGGCACCCAUUCAUCACCAAUACCUAUUGCCAACACACCUCAACGAUACCUAGGCCACUAUUUUGAUAGCCAAGGUAUAGUACGUAAAUUACCCAAAAUCCUCAAAAGCAUCCGCGCAUCCCUUGUAUUAUGGAAAUCAACAGGCGCAACAAUCAAAACGAAAAUCAACAUACUUAAGUCAUUUGCACUAUCCAAAUUAAUAUAUUGA